AUGCAAUCCAAACCAAAAUUGAAGAAAAUCACCAAAGCAAAGAAAAAAAAAGUGGUGAAGAGUCCUGAAAAAGCAAAUGAAGACAUUGUGAAUGAAGAGAGUAAUGGUGUUUCAAAUCAUCUCCUGCUCGACAGUGUUGAAGCUGCCAGUACGUUGACUUUUUGGAAAGAAUGGAAUAGUAUCUCUUCCAACCUGAACACUAAACAUAGGCUGCAUAUGCUCACACUGGAUGUGGAGUUUUGGUCGAGGAAUAUUGCAAAUGGUGUCGGAGGCCAUCCUAAAUGGAAGGAUGUGGAUAUGGUUCUAUUCUCCAUAAACGUUCCUCAUGCCCAUUGGUUUUUGGCAGUGCUACAUUUAGAUAUUUGGAAAGUACACAUUUAUGAUUCAGCACGAUGUAUGAAUUACUUCACAACGUACUUGACUGGUGGAGAAUUCAAAAGUUUUGGGGAUAGUAUAAUCGAAGAGCUAGAUGCGAUUGACUACUGGAAGGAUUUCCCCGAUGGACACAAAGACAACGCAGUUGUGGAGUUUAUUGAUAUUGUAGACGCGCCACAACAAUAAUAUAUUACUAAUAGAGGGGAUUGUGGAGUAUUCGUAAGCAUGUAUAUGGAAAUGAUUGCUUCGGGGGUACCGGUGAAGAGUGAUAAGCCAUGUAGAGAUGCGGGAUUUCUCUACAGAAAUAGGAUGGCAAAUAUUAUUUGGGAUACUAAAUAACUUGAUGUUUGGAAGUUUGUAUACAUUAUUAUGAAAUACUUGUUUUUAGU